GCUGGGAGGAGGGCCAGGCCAGACAGGAGGCAAGCGGCGCCUGCUCCGCGAGGGGAGGGAGGCAGUACACCAACACCGUUUCUGUGCAGGCCGAUUUGGGGUUCAGUGUCGGUCCAUGUGCCUUCCUGGUCAGGCCAAGACGACGUGUGCACUGGUAGUGACCAACCGAGCGCAGGCCAGGUCCGAUCGGGUUUGCAUGCGAGCAAUUUCAGUAAGUUUCGGGCUUGCGCCAGGACUGUGCGCCCCAUCUGGGGGGGAUCUUGACUCGCAUGAUCGUGGCUCAGGAGUCAGCUGAGGCCAGUCCACGCCGCCCCACUCCAGGUAGGCUCGAAGGAUACGUACUCUCGCUGACCUCUAUCAUCGGGUGAUGCCGCCAAUCCGCGUUCGUUCCUCCAGGUCUGCUGAGCAUAUUGACGGCGGUCCAGAACCUCCCCAAUCCGAGGCUGAAGCGCAGCACCCUCGCGCCUCGCCCGCCGUGCACGAGGACGGCCCGGCCGGCAGAACCUGCCGAGCACAGGGGCCGGGCAGCAACAGAGAGGAGGACUUCCGCAGCGACAGCAAGCACCUCUACGAGGAGAUGUUCGGGCUCCUGCUCUCGAUCGAGAGCACCCAGGCCGACCACCAGCGCGCCGUGCUCGAGAAGCUGGACCAGCUAGAGAGGCACAUGGGCGGCGGCCCCGCCGCGCAGGCGCCGCGGAUGCCGGGGCAGUCGGGGCUCCAGGUGCCCGAAGACGUGAGGUUUGCCAGCGUCCGCAGAAAUGCCGUGCGCAUGACCGCCAGCUCCCAGUACUACGAGGAGGGAAGCCAGGCAAGACAGACAGAAGCCAGGCCAUCCAUAUACGAGGAGAGGAGACGUGCACCACGCAUCGCACAGAUCGGCUUGAAUACCAACAUCACACUGCAGAAGCUUAGUUUCCAGGCCGUCACAGAGCAUGCCCAAGCUGCGUCGGUGGGAAUGCAACGAGGCUAUUUGGGGCUGCCUCGCCAGUUUUGCCUCGAUCUAGUGAGCCACCCGCUGUUCGAUAUGGUCAUGAGCACGGUGAUCGUGCUCAAUUCUGUGUGCAUUGGCGCUGAGCUCACAAUGCAGCCGUCCCCAGACAGUGGGACUCCAGAGACGAGGUUCUUCUUCGUGAUCUUGAAGACCAUAUUUCUCAUCAUCUACGUAGUGGAGCUUGCGUGCCGCUUCUGCGGAAGCGGAACACGGUGUUUGCGGCGCGCUUGGGUGAAGUUUGAUUUUGUCCUCGUAGUCGUCUGUGUUAUUGAUAGUUGGUUCUUGCCCGUUGUUGCUCUGAUUAUUGGAAAAUCUGUGACGCAGCUCCUGCCUGGUAUAUUGUUUUUCCGCAUAUUUCGUUUGGCACGUGUCGCUCGGGCAUUACGUUUGUUUGCACAGUUUCGGAGUCUCUGGAUGUUAGUGUCCGGUUUGUCCUCAUCUUUCAUCGUACUCGUGAACAUAUUUCUCGUCUUAUUGGUGACCAUUUUCGUAUUCUCGUGCGUGGGCGUGGAGGUGAUCACAAAUCAUUCCAAGGGCUCUGCGGAAGGGAAUUUCAAAGACUUGGUGGACCAGUAUUGGUCUUCGCUUCCGACGAUUAUGUUGACCCUGGUCCAGCUUACCACGUUGGACGCCGCGUCGGCAAUAUAUACACCGAUGAUCCAUGAAGACUCUUGGCUCGUAUUGUUCUUCAUGCCCUUCCUCCUGCUCGUGUCCGUCAUCCUCAUGAACUUGAUUACGGCCGUGACGAUUGACGCCGUCAGAGAGAAUCUAAAGAACGACCAUGAAACGCAACGUCUGUGGAGCGAACAUCGCAUGCAAGAAUUGAGGCCGAAGCUGAGGAAUAUUUUCAGCGCGCUGGAUGCGGAUGGCAACGGCCAACUCUCCCUCAGAGAGCUGCAACGUGCUCCCCGUGAAGUGCAGAAUGAGUUGGCGAACAUCCUCAAUGUGGACUCUCUUUCUGACCUAUUUCAUGCAGUGGACGCGGACGGCAACAACGAGGUGACUAUCGAGGAGUUCUUUGAGGGUAUGGCGUGGCUGCUCAGCGACAACCCUUCCCUGGAGAUCAUUCGUAACCUAGCGCUGCUGAGGCUCAUCAAGCGGGACCUCGAAGAGCUGAAAGCCCAUAUGAAGUCAGCCAUGCCGCUCCCUCCUAUUCCUCCUCCUCGUCAUUCUUCCUCAUCGAGAUGAUUUUGUACAACAGACGACGGCGUCUCUGAUGCCGUGGGCCACGGUCACGCUGUUAAAGGGCUGUAGACCGUUGUCGGUGCAGGGGCAGCCAUCAGUUUGCUGUUAUAAUCUCUUCUGCUGUCCGCUGCUGCUACAUAUGUAGCGGCAUCGCCUUGCAAUUCUGUCACGGUGCAGCUCGCGAUUGCAGCCAACCAGCGACGCCUCCGUCAUUUUCGCUGGUUUGGCGCGUGUUGGUGGCUCUCACAUGGCAGUGGUUGUGGUUUGGACUGACAAAUCGGACUCCUUGUUCAGCCAAAACGGCUAAAACGGCCGCGGUGAACAAGAGAGUGCAAGCAUGAGAGAGCGAGAGCAGCAGCAGAGA